AUGGAGCUGUCCGCAGCCGCCAUAGCACCCGCUUGGGACUCCCACUGCAUACGGACUCUAGAAAGGUUGAGACGGCCUUUCCGUCAGCCGCCCCUGGUCCAGGCCAUCUUUAGCCGCGAUGUGGAGGAAGUGCGUUCGCUCCUCUCGCAGAAGGAGAACAUCAACGUGCUGGACCAAGAAAGGCGAACCCCACUGCAUGCUGCUGCCUACGUAGGCGAUGUCCCCAUCCUCCAGUUGCUACUGAUGUCAGGUGCUAACGUCAAUGCUAAGGACACACUGUGGCUGACCCCUCUUCAUCGUGCUGCUGCCUCCCGAAAUGAGAAGGUGCUGGGCCUGCUGCUGGCACACUCGGCGGACGUGAACGCCCGGGACAAGCUGUGGCAGACGCCGCUGCACGUGGCCGCUGCCAACAGGGCCACCAAGUGCGCGGAGGCCCUGGCGCCCCUGCUGAGCAGCCUCAACGUGGCCGACCGGAGCGGGCGCAGCGCCCUGCACCACGCGGUGCACAGUGGGCACCUCGAGACGGUGAACCUGCUCCUCAACAAGGGAGCCAGCCUGAAUGUCUGUGACAAAAGGGAGCGGCAGCCUCUGCACUGGGCAGCUUUUCUAGGGCAUCUGGAGGUCCUGAAGCUGCUGGUGGCUCGGGGGGCAGACCUCGGCUGCAAGGACCGCAAGGGCUACGGGCUGCUGCACACCGCCGCCGCCAGCGGCCAGGUCGAGGUGGUGAAGUACCUGCUCCGGACGGGGGCUGAGAUCGAUGAGCCCAACGCUUUUGGAAACACAGCUUUGCACAUCGCCUGCUACCUGGGCCAGGAUGCCGUGGCUGUCGAGCUGGUGAACGCUGGCGCCAACGUCAACCAGCCCAACGAGAAGGGCUUCACGCCGCUGCACGUGGCUGCGGUCUCCACCAACGGCGCCCUCUGCCUGGAGCUGCUGGUCAACAACGGGGCUGACGUCAACUACCAGAGCAAGGAAGGGAAGAGCCCGCUGCACAUGGCUGCCAUCCACGGCCGCUUCACCCGCUCGCAGAUCCUCAUCCAGAACGGCAGCGAGAUCGAUUGUGCCGACAAGUUUGGGAAUACGCCACUGCACGUGGCCGCUCGCUACGGACACGAGCUGCUCAUCAGCACCCUCAUGACCAACGGCGCGGACACCGCCCGGCGCGGCGUCCACGACAUGUUUCCCCUGCACUUAGCUGUCCUCUUCGGAUUCUCUGACUGUUGCCGAAAGCUGCUUUCCUCAGGUAAGAGCGGCCGGGCGGCGCCGGGCAGGUGGCGGGCGAGGCGGGCGGGGAGGUGUGGGGGGCGCACGCAGGUGUGUGAGAUGAGGGAGGCCGGCGGAAGUGGAGGAGUCGAGCCGGGCGAGGGCACACUGGGGUGCGCCCUGACUCCCGCCCCGCCCCGCCCCAGGACGCCCCUGCACUACGCAGCCGCCAACGGCAGCUACCAGUGCGCGGUCACGCUGGUGACCGCCGGGGCAGGCGUCAACGAGGCCGACUGCAAAGGCUGCUCCCCGCUCCACUACGCCGCCGCCUCGGACACCUACAGGAGGGCGGAGCCCCACUCGUCUCCCAGCCACGACGGCGGCGAGGAGGACGAGUCCCUGAGAGAGUCCCGCAGGAAGGAGGCCUUCUUCUGUCUGGAGUUCCUGCUGGAUAACGGUGCGGACCCCUCCCUGCGGGACAGGCAGGGUUACACAGCCGUGCACUAUGCAGCCGCCUACGGCAACCGGCAGAACCUCGAACUGCUCUUAGAAAUGUCCUUUAACUGCCUGGAGGAUGUGGAGAGCCCCAUUCCAGUCAGCCCUUUGCACUUAGCUGCCUACAACGGUCACUGUGAAGCCCUGAAGACACUGGCCGAGACGCUGGUGAACCUGGACGUGAGGGACCACAAGGGCCGGACUGCGCUCUUCCUGGCCACUGAGCGGGGCUCCACGGAGUGCGUGGAGGUGCUUACUGCCCACGGCGCCUCUGCCCUCGUCAAGGAGCGGAAGCGCAAGUGGACGCCCCUGCACGCUGCUGCUGCUUCUGGCCACACUGAUUCCCUGCACUUGCUGAUUGACAGUGGGGAGCGAGCUAUCACAGAUGUCAUGGAUGCCUAUGGCCAGACCCCGCUGAUGCUGGCCAUCAUGAAUGGCCACGUGGACUGUGUGCAUCUGCUGCUAGAGAAAGGAUCCACCGCCGAUGCUGCUGACCUUCGGGGUCGCACUGCCCUGCACCGCGGGGCAGUGACUGGCUGUGAGGACUGCCUGGCCGCCCUGCUGGAUCACGACGCGUUCGUGCUGUGCCGAGACUUCAAGGGGCGCACGCCCAUUCACCUGGCCUCAGCCUGUGGCCACACCGCAGUGCUGCGGACGCUGCUGCAGGCUGCCCUGUCCACAGACCCCCUGGACGCCGGGGUGGACUACAGUGGCUACUCGCCCAUGCACUGGGCCUCCUACACUGGACAUGAAGAUUGUCUGGAGUUGUUACUUGAACACAGCCCGUUUUCAUAUCUGGAAGGAAACCCCUUCACCCCUUUGCACUGUGCAGUAAUUAAUAACCAGGACAGCACCACAGAGAUGCUGCUGGGAGCUCUGGGUGCCAAGAUUGUGAACAGCCGAGAUGCCAAAGGAAGGACCCCUCUUCACGCCGCUGCCUUCGCGGACAAUGUCUCUGGCCUCCGAAUGCUGCUGCAGCAUCAAGCCGAGGUGGACGCCGCCGACCACACUGGCCGCACCGCGCUCAUGACGGCGGCCGAGAACGGGCAGACCGCUGCUCUGGAGUUCCUGCUGUACCGGGGGAAGGCGGACCUGGCCGCGCUGGACGAGAACAAGAACACUGCCCUCCACUUGGCUUGCAGCAAGGGCCACGAGAAAUGUGCCCUCAUGAUCCUGGCAGAAACCCAAGACCUUGGCCUUAUCAAUGCUACCAACAGCGCACUGCAGAUGCCACUCCACAUUGCUGCCCGCAACGGUCUCGCUUCUGUGGUGCAGGCCCUGCUGAGUCGUGGGGCGACAGUGCUGGCUGUGGAUGAAGAAGGUCACACCCCAGCACUGGCCUGCGCCCCCAACAAAGACGUGGCAGACUGCCUGGCCUUGAUCCUCUCCACCAUGAAGCCUUUCCCGCCCAAGGACGCCGUCAGCCCUUUCAGCUUGAGCCUGUUCAGUAACUGCGGCAUCGCGGCAGCCAAGACGGUGGGUGGCUGCGGCGCCCUGCCCCGCGGGGCCUCCUGCCCCUACAGCCCGGAGCGGCACGGCGCCGUGGGCCUGGACGGCUGCUACUCCGAGUAGCCGCCCCCUCGCGCCGCGCGAUAGCGUCCUCUAUUUAUUGAGAAGUCUAUACAUAGGGCACUUUAAAGGAGAACACGACUGGGGGGCGGGGCAGCUGCUCACCCUCUGCCGCACCGCCCGGCCUGGGGCGCGGGGGCCCAGGAAGCACCCAGGCGCUGUCCCCCAGGGCCCCUCCGCCAAGUGUCCCGAAAUGAUUGCUACUGCCUGGCUCCCGCUCUCCUGCGCCCCACCUCUCCGUCCCCUUCCGCCGCCAGCCCCAGCCCCCCACCCUCUGGCCUCCGCCCUGCCAGGCAGCCCCUCCAUCCCGUCACUGCCUCCCUGCUCGCCGGCCCCUCCAUCCCCGCAGCAGUGAGAAGCCUUAAUUUCUGGUACUGUGUGAGCACUCUGGGGGUGUCCCCCUCCCCCUUCAGGGGCAGCUAGCAGAUGAGGGGGGAGGGUACUUAGCACUGGGGCCUGGAGCUUCCCCCUACUUCUCUCCCCCAUCGCCCCUCAAGUUCAAAUGCAAAACACUUGAAGCAGCAGCUACUGUACCCGGGCCCCGCCCUCCCCUGGCUCCCCAUAUGCAAAUCAAGGGCUGGUUCUGCCCCCACAGCCCCUCCGCCCCCCCACUCCUGGCCUGGCCCCCUAACCACGCACUUUAACCCUGCUUCUUUUUACUUCUUUUGGGGGGGCAGAGCCUGUGGCCAUCCCUCCCUGGCUCUCCUCGCCCUUCACUCUGAGGCUUGUCAUGAAUUUUUCAGUAAGCAUCUUACCCUCUAAGGGAAGAAACGAGCUUGAUUCCUGCCCACUUCAGCCGCAGCAC